AUGGCCGCGGUGGACAUCAAGCCUGUCGAGCGGGUACACAAGGACGAAGUUCCUACCCUCAAGGAGCUCAAGGAUGCGAUCCCAAAAGAUUGCUUUGAAUCCUCACUUCCUAUCUCGCUCCUCUACCUCGCUCGGGAUAUUUUAUACUGCGCAACUCUGAUCUACGCCGCGCUGCACAUCCAUCUCAUCCCUUCUCUGCUUUUGCGCACUGUGGCCUGGAUUACAUAUGGCUUCUUCCAGGGAUGUGUCGGAACCGGACUCUGGAUCCUUGCCCAUGAGUGCGGCCAUGGAGCUUUCUCCAAGCACCAGACCGUGAACAACUUCAUUGGUUGGGCUGCCCACUCUUUCCUUAUGGUCCCAUACUUCUCAUGGCAGAUCACCCAUGCUCGCCACCACCGCUACACUGGCCACAUGGAGAAGGACACCGUCUUUGUCCCUUGGACUGAUAAGGACUUGGCCUCCAAGAAGAACCUGAAGAUCGAGCAGCUGAAGCACCUUGCUGAGGAGACUCCAAUUGUUUCCUUCAUUCAACUCAUUGGCCACCAACUGAUGGGAUGGCAGCUGUACCUCUUCCUCAAUGUCACCGCUGGUAUUCAGAGCGGACCCGAGGAUAAGGGCAAAAUCGCAUUUGCAAGCCACUACAACCCAUCCAGCGCUCUCUUCACACCUUCUCAGUGGAUUCUUAUUGCCUAUUCCGACCUCGGUCUGUUGAUCAUGGGCUCCAUUGUGUACUACUUCGGCACUAUCAUUGGCGCAUGGAACAUGGUGCUGCUCUAUGUCAUUCCCUACCUCUGGGUUCACCACUGGUUGAUUGCUAUCACCUAUCUUCAGCACACCCACCCCGCUGUUCCCCACUAUACUGCCGAGGCCUGGACCUACACUAAGGGCGCACUGGCUACUAUCGAUCGCACAACUGGCUUCAUUGGCCGCCACUUCUUCCACGAAAUCAUCGAUUACCAUGUCGUCCACCACCUGUUCAGCCGCAUUCCUUUCUACAACGCUGAGCGGGCCACCAAGGCAAUCCAGCCAUUGCUUGGUGAAAACUACCACGAGGAGAAAGAGGAGAGCUUCCUCUAUUCUUUGAUGAUGACAUUCCGCAAGUGCAUUUAUGUCUCUGAGAGUAACCGUCCUGGCGCACAGCCAGGUGUCCUCCACUUUGUCUUGGGCGAGGAGGGCAAAUGA